AUGCUGACUCUGAUCGACUACGCCAACGAGAACGUGUGCGGCCAUCCGGGGCUUAUUCAUGGCGGUAUGACGACGGUGAUUGCGCAUUCGUCGAUGUCGCUGGUCGCUGCGAUCAAUGCCCCCGGGAAGAGCAUUCCGAUUUUCACGGCCAACUUUCAACUGGAGUACCUGGAGCCCGUUUUGACCGACAGCUUUGUGGUGAUGGACGCGUGGAUAACCGCUGUAGAAGGCCGGAAGUCGUACAUUGCCUCGUACUUGGCGGACGCUACAACGGGCAAAGUCCUCGUCAAGGCAAAGUCGUUAUUUGUGAGUGCCGCUUGA